AUGCCUGCCAUGCUCGAUGACCCCAGCGCUCCCACAAUCUACCGAGCUUCAGGGUCCGCACCUUUUCCAGAUCCUCACGACACUAACCCCGCACUACCCCUCGAUGUCUUCCCUCGACAGGUUACUCUACGUGACCGAGUGACAGUCGCUACAAUCGUACCUUUCGCGUCACAAAACAGGGUUCCUCCCUCGCUUCUCGCAUAUCUCAGUGACCAAUUCAAAAAGGAAGUCGAAUUGGGCGACACAUAUCCUAUGCUUGAUACUAUGCCACCUGAGAAGUUUGCAUCUUAUUGGUUUCAAAACUUCGGUGCAGUAAUGCUUCUUGGUAAUAUCGAGUCCGCAGAUGAAGUAGUCGAAGGCAAGAACUGGGCAACAGAAUGCCUAGGUAGUUAUUAUAUCAAGCCCAACUAUCCAGGACGUAGCUCUCACAUCUGCAACGCCGGAUUUCUCGUCACAGACGCUGCACGAGGCAGAGGUGUCGGGCGUCUACUUGGCGAAAGCUACCUCCACUGGGCUCCACUUCUCGGCUACACAUACUCGGUUUUCAAUCUCGUAUAUGAGACAAACGUAGCUUCUUGUCGCAUUUGGGAUGCACUAGGGUUCAAGCGUAUUGGGCGUGUCAAGGGUGCGGGAAACCUCAAGAGCUAUCCAGGGCAAUUCAUCGAUGCUAUUAUAUAUGGGCGGGAUUUAGGGCCUGAUGGCUCCGACUUCGUGAGUGAAGAACGCUUCGAUAAAAUCAAAUUCUACUUGAAACAUAAAGAAUAUCCAUUGGGUGCUGAUCGCGCGGAAAAAAGCAGACUUCGUAGCGCGGCCACACAUUACAAACUACUACCGGACGAGGAUAAGCUCAUGUUGAAAGGGAAGGAAGUCAUCAGUGACCCGCAAAAACAAUACGAGAUUGCGAGGGGUAUACAUGUACUACAACAUGGUGGAAUCAACAAAACCACAGCUAUUAUCGCCGAGAAAUAUCACUGGAUUAGAAUCAAAGAGACGGUUAGUCUAGUAAUUAAGAACUGUGGAGAAUGCAAAGAAUUGGGCAAGGCACCAUUUGUUAAACCAGAUUAUCAAGCUCAGCUAGCCCGUCAAUCUACUCCUAAAAGUCAAGAUGUAACAGAUGCAAACAUACUAUCUUUACCCGAGCAACAACAACUCAACCAUCAUCGGGAUCUUCAUCAUCAUCACCAGCAGCACCAUGAUCAGCAACCACAACCCUCCCAUUUGCAGCAUGAUUUCCAGCAAAUGCAACACCACCAUGACCACACCAGUACAUCCGUAUCACCACAAGUCCUUAACCGCAGACUACCAUCUCACUCUCCCCAUCCUCACAGUAGUCCCAUUAUUCACCUCAAACAACAUCAACCGCCUAUUUCCCAAAUGCAACUUCAUCACGCAGAAACUCGUACACAAUCUCAAGCUCGGGCUCAAGCCCACUCCCAAUCACAUGCCCCAUCGCAUAGACAUUCUGCAACAGAUUACCUACAAAUAGAUCCUCAAAUCAUGGAUUACACACAUACAUCUCAUUCUCCGCAUCCGCAUUUUGACGCGCAUCAUGAACAUGAUACGGAUUCUUUUCAGGCGAUGUUGGAAAACAGGGAUGUAGAUGUAGACGGGGGUGUUGGGGAUGAGGGCACUGGCGUGGAUGGAGAUAUUGAUGACAUGCUUGUGGAUCAAGAUGAAGUAGAAGUAGUGCACAUCGGAGAUAUAGGAACAGUGGAUAAUAAUACUGGAGAUGAUAUAAAUGCUGAUGAGACGAUGAAUGAUCCAAUGGGAAAUGGAAGACAUAAAUCUCAUGAUGAUGUUAUGGCUACGGCGAGAUUGGCGCAGGAAAUGAUUUCCAGGGGGGUGAUGGAUGGGAAUGGGGGGUGA